AUGGCAUUGAAGCCCAGUCCUACCACAAUGGUUACCGUCACACCAGCGCAAGGCCGCGCCGGUGUGCUGAUGCGAAAGGCGUUCAAAGGUUGUUCCGAGUGGACGGAAAAGGACGACAUUUUGGAUGUAGUCUACUGGGCACGGCAGAUCAUCGGUGCGCUGUUCGGCCUGUUGUUCGGCAUCAUGCCACUACGUGGAGGCCUGGCUAUUGUGCUGUACGUGGCAAUUUCGACACUCUCUUUGCAUUUCUACGUCACGUCGUUUCAAAAGGUGGACGAAGAUUGGCUAGGCGGCUUCUGGGAGAUCGCCAAAGAAGGAUUCGGCUCGUCGUUCGCCACGUUUCUCGUAUUUUGGAUUGUGUUUUACACAGCUAUGUAUAACUAUUAA